UCAUUUUUAUAGAAGUGGUCGGUCUCUGCUAAAUAGUCUUUUUACGCGUCACUCUGCUCAUUCGAUUUAUACAUCAUAUGCUCAUUCUUCAGGUUUUGGGGUAAAAUUGUUUGUAUGUAUGCAGAUGCAUGUUAGAUCUGCGUUUCUCAUACUUCUGUCGUAUGUGUAGAUGUUCUGCUGCGCUGUUCAAAGAGGCGGGUAGGUUGAAACAACAGAAGAAGAUUUUUGCUGGGCAAAAUAAAGUGGAUAGCGUCCGGACCUAGGAGGUUGCAUACAAGAACGACAGAUUGUCAUCAGGUUUGACAGUUCACACGUUAUGAAUCCCUGGGACCCCAGUCCUUACUCGGUAACACCUGCAGCUAAGAUUUUAGCCAGAUGUGUAGCCACAGGCACCAUGACACAGGAGGAGCUUAAUGCUGUCCCUCAAAAAUCAGAAGUCUUUUCUUAUUUUUUAAUUGAAGCUGAACAGCUGAACAGAAUUAAAGACGAACUUGAUCAGGCUAAUUUAGAUUUAGAGCUGCUGAAGCUGGAAAAGGACGUAGCAGACGUCACUCACAGUCAUUAUCUCAGUCAAAGGUUUGAGGCCUUGCAGCAGUCCUCAUCCCACCUUCUGGAAGUGUUGCGAGAACAAACAGUCCUGUUAGAAAGGCUCACAAAGCCACUAUGUCAGCAGAACCUGCCCAUUCAGGCUGAUCUUCACAGAUAUGUGGUAGAGCUUAUGGGGAUGGUGGUGGAGUUCAUUCAGAACUUGGAAGUGAAAAUUGAGUUGGUUAGAGCAAUUCCAACCACUGAGGAUUCUUUGAGUAUUCUGAACAAUGCCAUGACCCAGCUACUGGCUCAGGUCACUGAGGUCGAGAAUCUAUACAAGCAAGUUCUUAAGCAACGAGGCCAGCCACAGCUCAACAUUAAAGAUGUGUCCAGCUGAUAAAAUAUUUUAGAUUUAAAUAUGUAAGAGCAUUAAUAAUACUCUGUUGUUGUUUUUUUUUUUUUUUUUUGUCUAAUAAAAUUUAAUGGCAUCUACAGUUUGUUCAGGAUACAAGUUGACAUCAGGGUCUAACACAUUGAAAGAAUUAAAGGAAGUAAUUGUAGCUCUGUUAUCAAGAUCACUGACUAGAUUCAGUAUAAAUGUUUGCUUUGCUGUCCUUUUUUACCAUUAACUUUUCACAUUUUGUUUCAUAUUGUGUCUCUUGUAACUGCCUUGUGAUUGACACACAUCUUUGAUGCAUCCAGCAGAAACAAUUGAUUCAUUUUUAGGAACUAUAUACAGAGAAAAGUGGUGAACGUCAAUGCUCACUGCUGCUGGAUACCUGAUUCACCAGAGCAUUUCUGGACAUUAGAACAUUUCUCGGGUUUCGGAACGCAGCAGUAAACUAUUGCAGAUUAAACUUUUAUAGUGGUGAACAGGAGAGCACAGCAAAUACACACACGCACACAAAAACCCACUACUACUUUUCGAUGACUUUAAAUAAGAGAAGAAAAAAAAGUGAUGCAUUAAAGGGAUAGUUCACCCAAAAAUUAAAAGUGUGUGAGAAACAGAUCAAUAUUUAAGUCCUUUUUUAUACAUUUCUACUUUUAACUUUCACAUUUUUAAAAUAAAUGUGGAGGUUUAUGGUACAAAAGGCCUUAAUAUUGAUCUUUUUCUCACCUACACUUAUCAUAUUACUUCAGAAGUCAUGGAUUUAAUCACUGGAGUCAUGUGGAUUACUUUUAUGCUGCCUUUAUGUUAUUUUUGGAGCUUCAGAGGUCUGGUCACCAUUCACUUGCAUUGUAAGGACCUACAGAGCUGAAAUAUUCUUCUAAAAAUCUUUUAGAAGGGAACUAUCCCUUUAAGGUGCACAGUUUGUGUGAGGAAAAAAAACAUGUUUUUAUAAUAUUUCAUCUAUGUGAUAACAUGCUCUGCUUCUGACAUGACUUUCCUUUUGGGCCGAUGUCACCAAUCUCUUAUUUUUCAACUUACAAGUUAAAUUCUGGUAUGUAAUACCCAUUGACCCAAUCAAUUCCUAAUGGAUUAAAUCCAAUCCUACAUUCA